AUUUCAGUGUAAGCAUUCAGUAUUCUGAGUUUCAUCUGAAAAUGCAUUACUUCAGUCUUAUAUUUCUAUGUUGCCUAGCUGGUGUCAGCUAUGGUUUAAACCCUCAAGGGCACCAAAACGAGAACGUAUGCCUCUACGACAAGCAAUGUUCCAUGCAGUAUGGUGACUCUUGUAUCUGCUACAAAGGAAUCGGCAAUGACUAUUACGGGAAAUGUUACUGCCUUGCGGAUCUGGGAUGCAUCAAGCAUGAAGAUUGCAGGGGGAAAGGGAAACCCAAUCAGAUCUGUAGGUGCCUUAACAACAAGGGCAGAGGGGAGUGUUCGUGCUAUGAUCCCUUGUAUGCACCGAGAUCGUAAAUCAGGACUAAUUCCAGAUCUUCUAUAAAUAUACCAGACGUUUCAGCUUCCUUUAAUCAUCCUACUUUAUAUAUUCUUCUAAUAACUUAAUUCUUUUAAUGGUGUUCCUCAUGGAUGCAUUUUGGGACCAACUAAAUUUCGUUCUUUCAGUCUUUUCAUUUUUAUCUUCAUUAUAUUAAAAAAAACUAGUUGUGAUUUAAAAAUCUCUGGUAUUAAUUUUUUUGGUUUAUUGUGUUAAAUUUUGAGAUAAAUGUUGUUUUGUAAAGACACAUUUUUUUGACAUUAAACAAAAUCUUUCAAGCUA